CCUCCGCUAUCUGAAGAGUGAUGGAAAGAUUCAUCUGGUGGUGUUCAACAACUUGCAGCUGGCUGAUGGAAGACGACACAGGCUCCUCCUGAAACUGAGCGGGCUGCAGCGAGGGGCUGGCUCUGUGGAGCUCUACCUUGACUGCAUCCAAGUGGAUUCCAUCUACAAUCUCCCCAAAGCCUUUGCUGGCCUCUCCCAGAGUCCUGAGUCCAUUGAACUGAGGACUUUCCAGAGGAAGCCGCAGGACUUCCUGGAAGAGCUGAAGCUGGUGGUGAGAGGCUCGCUGUUCCAGGUGGCUAGCCUGCAAGACUGCUUCCUGCAACAGAGUGAGCCGCUGGCUGCCACGAGCACAGGGGACUUUAACCGGCAGUUCUUGGGUCAAAUGUCACAAUUGAACCAACUACUGGGAGAGGUGAAGGACCUUCUGAGACAGCAGGUCAAGGAAACAUCAUUUUUGCGAAACACCAUAGCUGAAUGCCAGGCUUGUGGUCCUCUCAGGUUUCAAUCUCCAACUCCAAGCACACUGGUGCCCCCAGCACCCCCGGCACCCCCAACACGUCCACCACGCCGGUGUGACUCCAACCCGUGUUUUCGAGGUGUCCAAUGUAUUGACACCAGAGAUGGUUUCCAGUGUGGGCCCUGCCCCGAGGGCUACACAGGAAAUGGAAUCACCUGUUCUGAUGUUGAUGAGUGCAAAUACCAUCCCUGUUACCUGGGUGUGCGCUGCGUGAACUUGUCUCCUGGCUUCAGAUGUGAUGCCUGCCCAGUGGGCUUCACAGGGCCCAUGGUACAGGGUGUUGGGAUCAGUUUUGCCAAGUCAAACAAGCAGGUCUGCACUGAUAUUGACGAGUGUAGAAACGGUGCAUGCGUUCUCAAUUCUGUCUGUAUUAACACUUUGGGAACCUAUCGCUGUGGGCCUUGCAAACCAGGGUACAUUGGUGAUCAGACAAGGGGAUGCAAACCUGAAAGAAGCUGUAGAAAUCCAGAGCUGAAUCCUUGCAGUGUGAAUGCACAGUGCAUCGAAGAAAGGCAGGGGGAUGUGAUCUGUGUGUGUGGAGUUGGCUGGGCUGGAGAUGGCUAUGUCUGUGGAAAGGAUGUGGACAUUGACAGCUACCCUGACGAAGAGCUGCUGUGCUCUGCCAGGAACUGCAAAAAGGACAACUGCAAGUAUGUGCCCAAUUCUGGUCAAGAAGAUGCAGACAGAGAUGGCAUUGGGGAUGCAUGUGACGAGGAUGCCGACGGAGACGGGAUCUUGAACGAGCAGGACAACUGUGUCCUGACUCACAAUGUGGACCAGAGGAACAGUGAUAGAGACAUCUUUGGGGAUGCCUGUGAUAACUGCCUGAAUGUCUUAAAUAAUGACCAAAAGGACACAGACGGGGAUGGGAAAGGAGAUGCCUGUGAUGAUGACAUGGAUGGAGAUGGAAUAAAGAACAUUUUGGACAACUGCCCAAAAGUUCCUAAUCGUGACCAAUGGGACAAGGAUGGUGAUGGUGUGGGGGAUGCCUGUGACAGUUGUCCUGAUAUCAGCAACCCUAACCAGUCCGAUGUGGAUAAUGACCUGAUUGGGGACUCCUGUGACACCAAUCAAGACAGUGAUGGAGAUGGGCACCAGGAUAGCACAGACAACUGCCCCACCGUCAUCAACAGUGCCCAGCUGGACACUGAUAAGGACGGAAUUGGUGAUGAAUGUGAUGACGAUGAUGACAAUGAUGGCAUCCCAGACCUGGUGCCCCCUGGACCUGACAACUGCCGGCUGGUCCCCAACCCAGCCCAGGAGGAUAGCAACAGUGAUGGGGUGGGAGACAUCUGUGAGUCUGACUUUGACCAGGACCAGGUCAUUGAUCGGAUUGACGUCUGCCCGGAGAAUGCGGAGGUCACCCUUACCGACUUCAGAGCCUACCAGACUGUGGUCCUGGAUCCUGAAGGGGAUGCCCAGAUCGAUCCCAAUUGGGUGGUUCUGAACCAGGGCAUGGAGAUUGUGCAGACCAUGAACAGCGAUCCUGGCCUGGCAGUGGGGUACACAGCUUUUAAUGGAGUCGACUUCGAAGGGACCUUCCAUGUAAAUACCCAGACAGAUGAUGACUAUGCAGGCUUUAUCUUCGGCUACCAAGAUAGCUCCAGCUUCUAUGUUGUCAUGUGGAAGCAGACAGAGCAGACAUAUUGGCAGGCCACCCCGUUCCGAGCAGUUGCAGAACCUGGCAUUCAGCUCAAGGCUGUGAAGUCUAAGACAGGUCCAGGGGAGCAUCUCCGGAACUCGCUGUGGCACACAGGGGACACCAGCGACCAGGUUAGGCUGCUGUGGAAGGACUCCAGGAAUGUGGGCUGGAAGGACAAGGUGUCCUACCGCUGGUUCCUGCAGCACCGGCCCCAGGUGGGCUAUAUAAGGGUGCGAUUUUAUGAAGGCUCUGAGCUGGUGGCAGAUUCUGGAGUCACCAUAGACACCACAAUGCGUGGAGGUCGACUUGGCGUUUUCUGCUUCUCUCAAGAAAAUAUCAUCUGGUCCAACCUGAAGUAUCGCUGCAAUGAUACCAUCCCUGAAGACUUCCAAGAGUUUCAAACUCAGAAUUUUGAUCGCUUGGAUAAUUAAACCAGGGAAGCAAUCUGUAACUGCUUUCUCAAACACCCCAAACCAUGUAUUUUUUAACUUCCCAUAACUUUCUUUAUACACACCGUGGCUUUCUUUUACAGCCCAAAUAUAUUAAAACUUUUUAUAUGAGUGUGGUAAUAAAAGAGAAGAGAGAAUUUUUAAAA